AUGUUUGCUGUUCCUGAGGUCGACGACGAUAUUGAUAGUUCAACUCCGAUAGAACCUAAACAGUCGACUACGUUGCCUGAAGCAACAAACAAAUCUCUUUCAUCAUCGUCACCACCACUUCCUUCAGUUGAAAAUGUAGAAAAAAAUUUAAAUAAAAUGUCAGUUCCACCACCGUCAGUACCACCACCAUCAGCACCAGUUACUGCCAAACAACAUCGUUCACGUCGAAGUCUUUUUCAUCGCAAUACAAUUCAUAUAUGUGAUCAAAUUGUUGACCGAGUGUAA